UAUCAAGUUACAUUGUAUGUCAAAGUGACAGAAAUAAUUAAAACUGAAUUUUGUAUUAGAGAGAAUUUGAAUUCUGAAUUGAAUUGAUUGAAUAAUUAACUUUGAAUGUUGUUUCUUUUAUUUCAGAGAAACACUUCAAUUGAUUAUUCAGUGACAGUUGUAUUUUUUGGGAUAUAACAUUAUAAAACAACAUUCUUGUUGAUAUCACAAACAUGGACAAGCUACGGUUUGAUUUUAAGAUAUGUGUAGAAGAUUCCAAAACUAAUGUGCUUUGCAUAACUUCUAUUGGAACUACUGAUGGCCGUAAUUAUGCAAUUCCCGAUAUGUAUCAAAGAGCUAGUUUACAUACACAAGUAAUAAAAACUUCAGCUUAUAAUAAGGUUGAAAAUUCAAUUUCCAAGAGAAACCAAAUUAGAAGGGUAUGGAUUAAUUUAAACGAGGAUUUGGCUGCUACCUAUCUGGAUGAAGGUGGUAAUCUUCAGUUUGAAGAUAUCUUCUUAGAAGAAAAGCUUGAAGAUCAGCUGAAUGUCUCUGUGAAUGCCUCUGACCAGCCACUGAUUAAAGCGUUGGAAAAAUUACUUGAAAAGAGUGGAGGUCAAACUUCACUUAGAAACAUAGGCGGAAUAGCAGAUAAAUUCACCAUCGAAAAAUUUGAUGGGAGAACUUCGAGCGCAGAUCAAUGGAUUACUGGAUUCGAGAAAGAAUGCGAGCGAUUUCAGAUAUCUGUGGAUGAAAACAAAAUUGAGAUCCUGAAAUCAUUUAUGGAUAAAGGUGCUAUGGAUUGGUAUAGUUGUACACUAAUGAAACUAACCAUUGAAUCGAAAUGGGAAAUAUGGAGAGAGAGUUUCUGUAAAACAUUCACAGGUAAAGGUUGGUCUUCUAUAAGAUUUGCGUUCUCAUUCAAAUACCAAAAAGGCUCUUUAUUAGAAUACGCGAUAAAAAAAGAAAAACUUCUGCUAGAAGCAAGAAAUUCAAUUGAUAGUGGAACAUUGAUAGAUCUGAUUGCAACAGGUUUGCCAAAUUUUGUUAUCAACAUGAUUGAUAGAGGAAAUUUAAAAAUAGUAGAAGAUCUUUAUAAUGAAUUAGGAAAAUUAGAACAUUUGGUAUAUAAGAAAAAUUUUGAAAAGAAAAAUGACAAGUAUCACUCUAACAAAGAAAAUACAGUCAAGUCACCUUGUGAAAUUUGUAAAAAUGAAGAUAAAGGAAUACGUUUUCAUCCUACAGCAGAAUGCUGGUUCAAAAAAAAAAAAGAAAGAAUGCAACACGUUAAUAAUUCAACAUUAGAAGUAGAAUUCAACAACACUGAUCCAAAAAACUAAUAAUUCCACCAUUAAUUAAGCUCAAGGUAACAUUGAAUGACACGUUGGAAGUAUCCGCUAUUUAUGAUACAGGCUCAAAUGUUUCUUCAAUAAACUCAAAACUUAUACAUCUAAAAUCAAAUGAGAAUAAAUCUAUACAAGGAGUUAACUUGAGAACAAUUAAUGGUGUGAAUAAAACAGAUGGUAUGAUAACAGUAAAAGCAAAAAUAUUGAAUAUAGAAGAAUACAUAGAUGUAUUCAUAAUAAGUAAUGAAAAUUUUGAAAAUGAUUUUUUGAUUGGAUUAGAUUGCAUAACAAAAUUUAGAU